ACAAGCACACUGUCAUCCACGCGUACAUAAGCCACAUUAGGUUUGCAAAUUGUUUUCUAUUAUUAAAAAUUAUGCGUUUACUUGUACUUUAUGGCAGUCAAACUGGAACAGCUCAGGAUGUGGCGGAGCAAAUAUGGCGAGAAUCGCGUCAGUGGGGCUGCCAGGGACCCGUGCUGUCAUUCGAGGAUUAUAACAUACAACAGCUGAUCGAGGAGCGACUGGUGGUUUUUGUGGUGGCCACCACCGGUGAUGGCGUGGAGACCGACAACAUGAAACAAGCUUGGCGUUUUCUGCUGAAACGUAGCCUGCCAAGCAACUCAUUGCAGGGUCUGCAAUUUGCCUGUCUAGGCCUGGGCGACUCCAGUUACCCAAAGUUCAACUAUGCAGCUAAGAAGUUGCAUAAGCGGCUGCUUAAUCUAGGAGCCACAUCUAUAACUCCGCUAGGAUUAUGUGAUGAUCAGCAUGACUAUGGACAUUUGGGCACAUCGCUGUCCUGGACAAAGGAGUUGUGGCAAACACUGAGCGGUAGCUUGGGCCUAAGACAACAGGAGCGGUCUGUGGAGGUAAAUCGCUGGGAGUUGCAGGUGCUUGAGAAUGAUGAGUUAAAAGUACUAGAGCAGCGUCUGCUGUGGACACAAAAGCAGCCAGCACAUGUUUUGAAAUUAAACAAAAAUAUAAGAACAACAGCUGAAGAGCAUUUUCAAGAUGUGCGUCUACUGCAGCUAAGUUUUGAUAAAGACGUGAAUUGGCAACCAGGCGAAGUGCUAGACGUGCAGCCACAGAACAGUAAAGAGCGUGUGGAAGAAUUCUUUAAUUUGUUUAAGGAGCAUCAUCUAGGGUACAAUGACAGCACUUUGGUAAAAGUGAAAAGCGCUCAUGAGGAUUUGCCGCUGCCUGAGGCAUACGCAUCACCAUUAACACUACAACAGGCAGCCACAUACGUAUGGGACCUGAGCGCCAAGCCGCGUCAAAGAUUCCUCGAAGUACUUGCUAAGAACUGUAAUGAUGAGAUGGAGAGCGAGAAGUUGUUAGAGCUCUGCACAGCUGAGGGACUGGAUGAUUUGAUAGCUUACAUAAAUAGACCACGUCGCACUUUGCUAGAACUGCUGCAAGACUUUCCACAUGCCACUUCCAAGCUGACGCUGCAACAGCUUUUUGAAAUGAUGCCGUUAAUACAAGCGCGUAGCUUCUCCAUAGCCUCCUGCUGCUCCAGUGGUACCUUGGAUUUGCUUGUAGCUGUAGUAAAUUAUAAAACAAUUAUGCAAGCACCGCGUCUGGGCUUGUGCUCCAAUUGGCUGAAGCAUUUGCAACAUGGCACAGAAGUUCAUGGACUUAUCAAGCCUGGUACGAUGAGUUGGCCGAAAAACCCGGAGACUCCACUUAUAAUGAUUGGUCCAGGCACUGGCAUUGCACCUUUCCGCAGCAUUAUCCAAGAGCGCCGACAACAGCGUGAAGCUGGCGAAAAAAUUGGACCACUUGUAGUGUUCUUUGGCUGUCGCAGCAGACAUAAGGAUUAUCACUUUGAACAGGACUUUAAGGCUUGGCAGUCAGAGCGUAUUAUUGAACUGAAUGUAGCUUUCUCCAGAGAUCAGGAUAGUAAAGUCUACGUGCAGCAUUUAAUACAAGGGCAGGCAACGCGUCUAGCACAGUUGAUAAAGGAGCAGCAGGCUUAUGUUUAUGUGGCAGGCAGCUCCAAUGAUAUGCCCAAGGCGGUGAGAGAAGCUUUUAUUGAAGCUUUAGCUGGCGAUGCCUUAUACUUGGAGCAGAUGAUUAAAGAGCGACGCUAUCAGGAGGAAACUUGGGCAUAAAAGAGGCUACAAUAUUUUUGAUUGGACGGAUGUUUUUUACAUUAAAUUAAAUUUAGGUGAACAAUAGCUUUUUGUAUAAAUUA